GAAAAAGGUAAACAAUGUAGCUGUUAGUUAAGGUAAAAUCUGAUUUGUCUGCGCAUUGUUCGUUCUCAGUAAAUAAAAAUUCAUCAUACAAGAAUCCUGAUACCGGGGACGAUUAAGUGGAAGAACGUCACAUUAUGACUUUUCUGGGUAUCCUGGCCAGGGCCAGGGCCAUGUCAAAGGCUGGCAUGACCAAGCCCUCCUGCCUUGUGAAGCCAGUGUCUCUGACAAGGAUCCCAGGACGCUACCUGACCCACCAGGAGGGUCUUCCUAAACUGCCUGUGCCACCGCUGAACCAGACAUGCGAUCGCUACCUGGCUGUGCUGGAGCCUAUCAUAGAGUCGGAGGAGCUGAACCAAACACGGACACUGGUGGAAGAGUUCCAAAGACCAGGGGGCGUAGGAGAGAGGCUGCAGCAAGGCCUGGAGCGCCGCGCUCACAAGGCGGAGAACUGGCUCUCUGACUGGUGGUUACAGAUGGCCUAUCUGGACUACCGGAUGCCUGUGGUCAUCCACUCGAGCCCUGGAGUUGUACUUCCCCGCUUAGAAUUUAGUGACCGCCAGGGUCAAAUAAGAUAUGCUGCAAAAUUGAUUGCUGGAGUUUUGGAUUUCAAGACCAUGAUUGACAAUGAAACUUUGCCAGUGGAGUAUCUGGGUGGGAGGCCCCUGUGCAUGAGCCAGUACUACCGGGUGCUGUCCUCCUGUCGCAUUCCGGGCAUCAAGAGCGACUCAGUGGUGAACUACGCCUCCAACAAGACUCCACCCAGGCACAUCACUGUGGUGCACAACUUCCAGUUCUACGUUCUGGACGUGUACAACAGUGACUGCACACCCCUGACCGUGGACCAACUCUACGUUCAGCUGGAGAAGAUCUGCAACUCGUCCCUUCAGACCAACAAGGAGCCGGUCGGCAUCCUCACCUCCAACCACCGCAACAGCUGGGGCAAGGCGUACGCCAACCUCAUUAGAGACAAGACAAACAAGGAGUCAGUGCGGGCAAUCCAGAAAAGCAUCUUCACCGUAUGCCUGGACGCUCCCAUGCCCCGUGCGUCAGACGACAUGUACCGCACCCGUGCCGCCGUGCAGAUGCUCCAUGGUGGCGGAAGCCGCUGGAACAGCGGGAACCGCUGGUUUGACAAGACGCUGCAGUUCAUUGUUGGUGAGGAUGGGGCAUGUGGUUUGAUCUAUGAACAUGCCCCUGCUGAAGGGCCACCAAUUGUGGCACUGAUUGACCACGUAGUGGAAUACACGAAGAAGUCCGACAUAGUUCGCACUCCAAUGGCUCCACUGCCCAUGCCUCAGAAACUAUGCUUCAACAUUUCACCAGAGCUAAAGAAGGACAUUGAGGAGGCCAAGCAGAACAUGAACAUAAUGGUUCAAGACUUGGAUAUGAAAGUCCAUGUGUUCUCCUACUUUGGUAAAAACAUCCCAAAGUCAUAUAAGUUGAGCCCUGAUGCUUUCAUCCAGGUGGCGCUGCAGCUCGCCUACUACAGGAUGUACCAGCAUUGCUGUGCCACCUACGAGAGUGCCUCUCUGCGCAUGUUCAGACUGGGCCGAACCGACACCAUCCGCUCAGCGUCCGUUGACUCCGCCACAUUUGUCCGGGCCAUGGACGACCAGUCCAUACAGAACUCAGAGAAGGUGGCCCUACUCGAGAAGGCAGUGAAGGCCCACCGAGCUUACACAGACAUGGCAAUCCGCGGGCAGGCCAUUGAUAGGCAUUUGCUCGGUCUGAAGCUACAAGCCAUCGAAGACUUGUCAGCCUUGCCGGAUAUCUUCAUGGACACAUCUUAUGCUGUGGCCAACCAUUACAAUCUUUCAACCAGCCAGGUCCCAGCUAAGACAGACUGUGUGAUGUGUUUCGGCCCUGUGGUGCCUGAUGGCUAUGGCGUGUGCUACAACCCCAUGGAGGAGCAUAUCAACUUUGCCAUCUCUGCCUUCAACAGCUGUGCCGACACCAGCGCCACUCGGCUGGCUCAUGCCCUGGAGGACGCCCUGCUAGACAUGAAGGCCCUGCUGGAACAGACCCCCAAAGCCAAACUGUAAAAAUGACAGACCCUUCCACUCUGUGGCCGUCCCCAGCAUCAGGAAUUGAGAGGACCUCUGGUCCAAGAGGACCCAGACCCAUCAAUGAUGAUGUUUUACAGAUAGUUUUUGUUACUUUGGAGAUAUCAUCAUCCAUAAACUCUACAGUUUCAGUAGAAUUUCUUCUUUAUGCUGUAUUUUUUAAAAAGAGGUUUUAGUGCGUUUUGAGUACAAUCAUCCACUUAGCAGACUCAUCUCUCUCUUUCUUGAUUACAGAAUUUGCAAUGGAAUAAUGACAGAAAAUGAAUUAUAAUGAAGUAGAAAAUGGUUUGAGGCCAGUUGUCACUAUGCUGCUUCUCUGUGGGUGUGUUUUUAAUAAUAUAAAUACAGAGGCAGACAUACAAAUUUUUAUUGCAACUGAUUUGUACAGAAAUGUGUACCAUAAAAUUGUAAAAUUUAACGCUUCUGUAAUGUAGCAUAUUACAUGUUCAGAUCGCAACCUGUGUAACAAUAUAUAUAUAUAUUAUUUUGACUCAAACUGUGGUUGAAGUUCUCUCUUAAAGUUUCUACCAAUGAUAGAAUAAUUUCUAAUAUAAGAUUACCUUAGGUGUUGUUACCUUAGGUUGAUUAUGUUUAAAAUUAAAUUAAAAGACUGUCGAAAAGCAA